CUCGGUGAUCGAGCUUCUUCCGAGGUAUACUCCGAGCGACCUGGACAGCUAAAUAUCGCUGCAUAUCCUUUGCAAUGUCCGCCGCAUCCCGCCGUAUUUGGGCCCAAAACGAUCAGGUAGAACCAUCAUGAGCCCUCUUCUCAUUCUUGCGGCCCUCGCGGUCGCCCUUCGUCUUCUCUGGUCUGUCUUCACGAGGCUUCAUCAUGCUCAGAAAGCACGCAAGUGGCACUGCGGGGCCAUCCCCUCCUACCCAGGCGACAUAUUCGGCAUCAACACGCUGAAGGAAGUUCUGCGCGCCGACAAGGAGAAACUCAUCCCCGUGCUGUCUCAACAGCGCGUUGAGACGAUGACUGCUCGCGAGGGAAGAUAUGUCACGACCUUCAGGUUCCGCCAGGUGGGCCGAGAGAGCAUCUUCACCUCCGACCCGAAGAACAUGCAAGCCAUCCUAGCCACGCAAUUCAAGGAUUUUGAGCUCGGGACCAAUCGAAGGGAAACCCUGCAUUCGCUUUUGGGGUCUGGCAUCUUCACAACGGACGGCGAAGCGUGGUCCCGGUCCAGAGCCCUUCUCCGCCCUCAAUUCACGCGUGACCAGAUCAGCAACCUCGACCUCGAAGAACGCCACGUUCAGAGCGCCAUGGCCGGCAUGCCCGCCGAUCCCACCACCAAAUGGACACCGGAAAUUGACAUCCAAUCCAUCUUCUUCCGUCUGACCAUCGACACCGCCACGGAAUUCCUCUUCGGCGAAAGCGUCGAAAGCCAAGCCGCUGCCCUCAGCGGCGGCAAGAUUAUCGAAGACAGAUUCCCCCAGUGCUUCGACCGCGCCCAAUGGUACGCCUCGCAACGCUCGCGCUUCGAAAAGCUCUACUGGAUAGUGAACAACAAAGAAAGCCGCGAAGUCGAGAGCUUCGUACACGCCUACGUCGACCGUUUCGUCACCGCCGCCCUCAACAACCCGCAACCCCACGACAAAGAGAAGGGAAACUACGUCUUCCUCUACGGCCUCGCAGCCGCAACCAGGGACCCCAUCGAACUCCGCUCCCAGCUCCUCAACAUCCUCCUCGCAGGCCGCGACACAACUGCCUCCCUCCUCAGCUGGUCCGUCCUCCUCCUCGCCCGCCACCCGGCCAUCUUCCACAAGCUCCGUAAUACCAUCCUCGAAGACUUCGGCCCCUACAACAACCCCCGCAACAUCACCUUCACAUCCCUCAAAUCCUGCCGCUACCUCCAAUCCUUCCUCAACGAAGUCCUCCGCCUCUACCCCAUCGUCCCGGGCAACCGCCGCAUGGCAGCAAAGGACACCACCCUCCCCCGCGGCGGUGGUCCCGACGGCUCUGAGCCAGUAUACGUCCGAAAAGGCCAAAGCGUAGCCUACAGCGUAUUCGUCACCCACCGACGGAAGGAUAUCUGGGGCGCCGACGCGGACGUGUUCAAUCCGGAUCGCUGGACUGAUCUAAAGGUUGGAUGGGAGUAUUUACCGUUUAAUGGGGGUCCGAGGAUCUGUAUCGGGCAGCAGUUUGCGCUUACGGAGACAGGCUAUGUGCUUGUUAGGCUUUUGCAGAGGUUUGAGAGUAUUGUUGAUGCUAGACCCGAUCGGGAGAUUCGGUUUGGACUUACGCUUACGAGUGCGCCGGCGGAGAAUGUCAUUGUUAGGAUGAAGGAGGGGAUUUAGUUGGUUUUUUUUUUUUUGGUCUUCGAGUUUCUAUAUACGGGUUUGUGGGUGGUUGGGGUAGGUUCACAUAUGGGGAGGACAUGGAUGGGCCCAGAUUGCAAAUUCGUUGAAGCUGUUUUGCUUACGUAUA